AUGGCAAACCAGGAUCAUAAUUUCUACGCUAUGAUGCAAAGUUCUGGCAAUUACCUCUUACUCCCCCCCUCCGUGAGCGAACAAAAAAAUCUUGUUCGUUUAUGGAGGGUGUUAAUUUUUUUUUUUUUUAAAAUUUAUAUAUAAAUUUUUUUAGGAAUUUAAAAAAAUCCCACUUCUCGAAAAUUGGAUGGUAAAUAUUAUUUAAUUUUAAAAUUUAUGUUUUAAAACGCAAUUUGUUUAAAAUUAAACAGAAUUAGCUUGAGAUUUCAUGAUACUAAUUAUCACUUAUAUAUCAAAAUUUUUUUGUCAUAAAAAAUUUUUGUUCGUUAGUGGAGAGUGGGUUUUUGGGCAAAAAAUAGGGAUUUUUUUAAUGGUCUUGUUCGCUCACGGAGGGGGGAGUUAGUAAAAGACGACGUUGGAAAAGCUAAACCCUCAGUAAGAAAUCUGCCAGGCGGCAAUUUUACAUACGGCAAAAAAGCCGCUGCAGACAGUGAAGGUGCAGGAAAAGUCAUUUCUUCUUGGAAAAUUCAUGCACCUAGCAAGGACUUGCCAAAUGAUAAAGAUUUCAAAAGACUAAACGUUAUGAGUGCGACCAAAGGGAUUACUAAAGCAUCAGAGCAAGGGGUUUUUAGAAAAAACGUUGAUGUCAGAGUAGGACUUUCUAACUCUAUUCAUCAAGAAGAAAAGAAAAUCCCAGAUAUUAUAUUUGGGCAGCCAAAUAGGCCAAGCACCCCUAUAAAUGCAGUCAUCGAGAACUAUUAUGGAAGCGUAGCUGCAGAAAUGAAAAACCAGGAUUAUAGUAGAAGUCCUAACAUAAAGAAAAAGUCUGAAGAAUCCAAGCAUGAAAAAGCAUCAAAUCGUUCACCUGGACCAGCCAAUGUGUCCCAAGAACAACCUCAGAAAAAAGAGUUCAAGAUGAAAAAAUUUCAGAAUGUGAAGUCCAAAAUUGAUAAUGUGAGGACUUAG